AUGUCAUCGCAAGCGAAAUGGGCUGCUCUCGGUGCUAUGGCUACCCUAGCUAUACUUGCAGCCGUCGAAAAAUAUAAGGAGUACUCUAGCAAUUCUACAGAUCUGGUAUCUGAGGAUGAGCCAGUCAAGCCUCAUUCAGAGGAGCUCAUAAGAGAACAACUUGCCAGAAAUUAUGCCUUCCUCACCGAAGAAGGAAUGCAAAAAGUGCGCUCACAAAGAAUCGUUGUGGUCGGUUGCGGAGGUGUUGGAUCGUGGGUGGUGGCCAUGUUAGUGAGAUCUGGAGUUGAAGCCAUUAGAAUCGUUGACUUCGAUCAGGUGUCACUUAGUUCGCUAAACAGACAUGCUGUUGCAAAUUUGGGCGAUGUUGGCAGAUCAAAGGUCGAAUGUUUGAAGGCCCACAUGAAGAAGGUUGCUCCCUGGGUUGAUAUUCAGACACGUAACAAGCUUUGGAACAUUCUGUGCGGACAGGAGCUUAUCUUUGGAGAUGAUUUCAAGCCGACCUUGGUUGUGGAUUGUAUUGACAACAUCACUACUAAAGUUGAUCUUUUGGAGUUCUGUCACGACAAUAAAGUGCAAGUCAUUUCUUCUGGUGGGGCCGCCUGCAAAUCUGAUCCCACAAGAAUAAACAUCGCUGAUAUUCUGAAAACAGAAGAAGAUCCUUUGGCACGUUCCGUGAGAAUCCGUUUGACAAAGAAGGGUGUCGUGGCAAAUAUACCUGUUGUGUUCAGCGCUGAGAAGCCAGACCCGAGAAAGGCAAAGCUUUUGCCUUUGGACGAGGCAGAGGUCGAGAAAGGUGAUGUCGAUCAACUUGCGGCCAUUAAAAAUUUCAGAGUGAGAAUCUUGCCGGUGUUAGGUACAAUGCCAGGUAUGUUCGGCCUCGCUCUAUCUACCCACAUUAUCACCACUGUGGCAGGAUAUCCUACUGAGUAUGUCGAGGGAAAAAACAGAAUUAAGUUUUACGACGGUAUCUUGCAAAGUUUGGCUGGCCAACAGGCUCGUAUUGGUCACUUGGACCAAAGGACUCCAGUUGCAAUGAACGACGUUCCCUACAUAGUUGAAGAGGUCUUCCGUGGUAAAUCGGUGGUUUCUAACUACUCGACUAGAUUGACUCUUUCAAGAUGGAGACCAGAUCUUGAGCUUUCCUUCCAAAAUAUUGUCGUUAUGACUAAAGAUGAGCAGCGAGCUCACGAGGAGAAGGUCUUGAAGGGAGGCGCCAAAUUAGAAGAUAUCUACGGUGAAGAAGUCAUCAAGCGCGUUGAGAUGAGGUUUGCCCAGGAAAGAUACUAUUCCACUUUCAGAUAA